AUGGAAUUCAUCCAGAUGGUAAGGCUGGACAGUGGAGUUUUUGAGGGAUCCAAUUUAUGGUCCCCAUUGCCAGGGUACCCUGCAUUUGGAGGACAGAUAGCAGCACAAUCUCUUGCAUCUGCAUUCUCAACCGUUGGAGAAGACUCGGUUCCAAACACAAUGAGCAUCUUAUUUAUCAACAAGUGCAAAUCAGACCAGAAGGUCAAAUAUACCGUCAAGAACCUAAAGAAUGGAAGUAUCGUGGAUAUGAGGCAGGUGGACUGCUAUCAAAACAAUGUCUUGGUAUCUAGUGCGCAUAUCAGCUUCAGCAAGCCAGACAACAAUGCCCAUGACUACGAGGGGACACCAUACAGGAUUUAUGAUGACACCUUUGUUCCAUUUGCAGAGUACAUAUCGAAAUCCCUAACGAAUAGCUCUGCAAGCCAAGCAGAAGUCAAUGCAAAGUUCCAGGUUCUGUACGACAAUAUGCUUAUGAUGUUCAAUGUCCUAGAUGUUGAUGUGGGGACUGAGAAUAAGGACAUGAGGCAGAUCCGCAUUAAGAUAAAGCAGAGGCAGGAAGAAGUAAUUGGAAUAGCAUCCCUUGUCACGCUGAUUUCGGACAUACUGCUUGUUGAAACUGCUCUCAUGGCAUCCAACCUGACACUGUUCUCUAAAGACCUGUCUUUGCUAACUUCCUUGAAUCAUGUGAUACACUUUGUGAAUCUGGAGAAAAGCAUUAAUGACGGGUAUAUAUAUUACAUUGUAAAGUGUAAAGGAAUAAGAAACUCCAAGGCCAUCUGCGAGGGGCAGCUGAUACACGAGGAUGGAACCCUGAUAUGCCUAACAGGACAGCAGGGUGUAUUCAGAGUCAAGUCUUCGUACUCCAAGAAAUAG